CAUUUUAGAUUUGUCAAAAUUGAUUUUAUACGACUAUCAUUAUAACUACAUGCAAAAAAAAUUCCCUCCCCAGUCUCUGCAUCUCUUGUACUCGGACACUGAUUCGUUGAUUUACCACGUUCAGUGUGAUAACAUUUAUGAUUCCAUUCGACCCGACUUAGCUUCACGUUUCGACACAUCAAAUUAUGCGCCAGGUAAUGAUCAACGAUUCCCCUUAGUCAACAAGGGUGUAACAGGGGUGAUGAAAGAUGAGGCCGCUGGCAAGAUCAUUACGGAAUACGUGGUUCUUCGCCCGAAACUCUACGCAUACAAGAUGGAGGAUGGUUCUUGUAUGCGUAAAGCGAAAGGAGUUAAGGCCAACGUAAUCCAAUCACUUCUGUUCCCUCAAUACCUGGAUUGCUUGCUUAAAAAUUCUCGGAUUCUAGGCAGUCAAUACCAUUUCCGUUCGCAAGGCCACACCGUGUUUACGGAGCGAGUGAACAAGAUAGCACUGUCUUCAGGAGAUGAUAAGCGUUGGCUUUCUGAAGACGGUGUCAGCACAUUACCUUGGGGGCAUAAAGAUCUGUGUCCUUCUAAAACUUGUGCCCCGCCCGAUCCCUCCUAAUAAUUGUACAUAUUUCCAUUUUUUUUUUUUUUCCUCUGAUUACGUUCACCAGUGAGACGAACACUGCUGACCUAACCUCCGAGCAGUGGUUGCAGGAACACACCAGCGCUCACCACUCCUCCCCUGCUCGGAGGGAGCUUCAAGUGUUUAUAUGUGUGUGUGUGUGGGGAAGGCAAACAACAGCGGUUCAUCCGCCUCCCCCCACACACGAAAGAAAAAAAAAUUAUCCUGAGAGGGGUGUGUUCACCGCCCCCCACCGCGCCGCGCCAUGUCAUGACAACUGAUCCUUUCCAUUAUGCAUGUGGAGAGAAAAACUGUCGAUCUCCCCAACCCAGACAAUGGAACGGAUCCCAUCAGCGUUGGCGGCCUCUUUCUUCGUGGAAGUGGUGGAGGAGGGGACGAGUAUUCCAGCCGACAUUGUGGCGGCCUUCUUCGCAGAAGACCUGCUGGAAGGGCCGUCGUCUCCCCCUCCUCCUCCAACACCGCCGGCCAAGACUUUGCCGCUGCUGUUGGUGGCGGGCCCCUCUGGGACAUGUCCCUGGGGUCGGCCGCUAACAGCCGACGAAAAAAGAGGGUUCCGGCUACCUGCUACACACCAGCAGGUGCCGGCUCUGCCUAGCGGCAAAGUCGUGGCCAAGCUGAUGGCUAUGGACGCCCAGCGGGGAAGGGGGGGGGGAUAA